GUUAACGCGUACACCUGACAUGCUGGAGGCCCUGGCUUACCUGCAUGACUCGGAGCUGGUGGCGGGCUUCCAGAGGCGAUGUGGACUCUUCCUGGUCGAAGCGGCGCAUCGCACACGAGGGGUGGCGCGAGCUGGAACCCCGAACCAUAUUGACCAAUCAGGUGGUCUGCAGAAGACAACCUGGAGCCACCAGGACAGCAAUUGCAACUACAAAUAUGAAGAAAAUGGUUGCAUCAAGCCAAAGUAUGAAGUGAGGAACUGGCUGCUGCACAUCCUCUUUCUGUUCUCGGCUGGCCUGGGGCAUGAGGUCUUUUACAUCACCUGUCUGCCGUGUAUACAUUGGAACCUGGACCCCUUCCUGUGUCGACGCCUCGUCAACAUGUGGGCCUUGGUGAUGUACAUCGGCCAGGUAAUGAAGGACGUGCUAAAGUUGCCCCGUCCUCUCUCCCCACCGGUGGUCAAGCUGGAGACACGAGUCGACGCAGAGUAUGGCCUCCCCUCAACCCACGCCAUGGCCGCCACCGCCAUCUCCUUCACGUUGUUGCUCAGUGCCCCCUCUAGAAUCCAGUUCCAGUUUGAGGUGGGUCUGCUGAUGGCUGUGACGCUGUCGACGAUGGUGUGUUUGAGCCGUCUCUACACUGGCAUGCACUCCGUUUUGGAUGUCAUCUGUGGCGUUUUGAUCUCAGCACUGGUGCUGUAUGUAACUUAUCCUUUCUGGGAAUCCUUUGAGCAGUUCCAGCUGACCAGCAGCAUCUCUCCCAUGGUGGCGUUGGUCCUGCCACUCAUCCUCAGCUACACGUACCCAGAGCUGGAACAUUACAGCACCACAAGGGGGGACACCACCACCAUCCUUGGGGUUGGGGCCGGAUGCUCUGUUGGGUAUUGGAUUAACAAGCAGUUGGGGGAGACUUUUGAGCCCAAAGGGGUGCUGCCUGUACCCCUGCCCACACUGACAACACACACACUGGUCUUGGGCACUGCCCGCUUCCUUGUUGGCGUGUUUGCGUUAGUUGGAACCCGGCAGGUGACAAAAGCAGUCAGCUUACAUUUGUUGUAUUGGUGGUAUAACAUUCCAAAAAGCAGCAAGUGUGCCACGAGGAGGAAAGAAAUUGAAGUGCCGAGCAAGUUUGCCACAUACACUUCUGUUGGAAUUGUUCAUUCUUUUCUCGUCAAUAGAAUCUUCCUUCUACUGGGGCUAGUAUGAUUAGCCAAAAUUCUAAAGUAUUGAAUUAAAAAUGUGUAUAAUCUCCAAUUGCAAUGGCAUGUAUUUUAAGUGGAAUAAAUAUGUACUUU